CUGCUAGCUACCGUUAAAGACGUAUUCGACUCUUGAUAGACCAAAGACCUCACGCACGCGAACUUACACAGACGUAACGACCUACGCUGCUCUCCCCUCCUACGACCUAAGUCCUUAACAAGCAAACUCAUCGUACAAACGCAAUGUCAACACAACCCUCAACCCCGUCUCCAACCGACAAAAGCACGCCCCCUCCUCCUCCUCCACCACCGCCCAACACACCAUCGCAAAACCAACCCACUACCACCACCACCGCGGACAAGGACAAAGACUCGACAGCACCACCACCGCCACCGCAAAUGCUCAGCUGCCCAUGCCCAUGCCACGAGAACACGCGUAUGCACGAGGGCCGGCCGUGGAUCGGCUUCGCCAACGCCGCGUACCUAGUCUGUCCGCUGUGCUGGGUGGAAGCGUACACGCGCGCGCACGGCGGCGACCAGCGCUACGGGUACGAGUGCGAGACGUACCUGCGGGAUCUGGGCAUGGAUCCGAAGGUGCCGGCUUCGAAGCAGUGUUAG